AUGGGGCCGCCGGCGCUUCGGCCGCUACUGCUCUUGCUCGCGGGCUGCUGGGCCCCGGGGAGCACCCAGACCCCGGCCACCUUGGUGGUGACCACAGAGGGCCCCAGCUCCACCGAGGCAGCCUCGUCCACCCGAGCCCCCACGGCAUCGGGGUCCCCCGCCACCCCUCGAGGGCCGGACCGCUCUUCUGGUCCCAGGCCCAAGCCGGUCACCGACGUCGCUGCUCUGUGUGUGUGUGACCUGUCCCCGGCACAGUGUGACAUCAACUGCUGCUGUGACCCUGACUGCAGCCCUGUGGAUUUCAGCGUCUUCUCUGACUGCUCAGUCGCAGCUGUGACGGGUGACAGCCACUUCUGUAGCCAAAAAGCAGCCAUCUAUUCGAUGAAUUUUACAGCAAAUCCACCUCAGAGAAUAUUUACACUUAUUAAUAAGAUCAACCCAUCUAUUUUCUGCAUUCAGUUUACAAACUAUAAACCUGCACUAUCUUUUAUUAAUCCUGAAGUUCCUGAUGAUAGCAGUUUUGAUACAUUUGUUAAAACAUCUCGUGGCUUUCCAUCGAAUGCAGAACCAGACAUUUCCUCCACAGCCACACUGGCGUCCCCACCUGCCUCCAGGUAUGAGUACGGCAUUCCUCUUCAGACCUCGGACUCCUUCCUGCGGUUCCCUUCUCCCCUCCCGUCGUCCCUGUGCACCGACGCCAACCCUGCAGCGUUCCUGGUGAACCAAGCUGUUAAAUGCACCAGAAGGAUAGACUUGGAACAGUGUGAAGAAAUCAAAGCCCUUCAAAUAGCUUCCUACAACAGCUCUGACAUUUUGAAAGUGCCUUCUUCAACAAUAAAGGUUCCUGUCAUCAUUCAGUCCAUUGUUGUCCGGUCUCUGAACCAAACCUCAACCCAACUUCGUGACACGCAGGUUGACCUGCAGCCAGCCUUUGUCAGUGUGGGGGGUCUUGACGUCUGCACCAACGUCGUUCUAGAGGUCAAAUACAGCCUCACAUACACAGACGCUGGCGAAGUGACAAAGGCUGGGCUCGCCCUCCUCCUGGGGACAGUCAGCCGCGGAGGCCUUCCGAUCCAGCAAAAGUUCGAGAUUCUUUUUAUUCAACAGGACACGCGGCCCGUUCAUCUCAGCGGAAGCCCAGGCUACGUCGUGGGGCUCCCGCUGCUGGCCGGCUUUCAGCCUCAGAAGGGAUCUGCCAUCAUCCAGACAGCAAACAGAUACGGACGGUUCACAGUGCUUCGCAGCACAGCCGAGCAGGACUGCUUAGCCUCCGAGGGGAUCCGGACCCCGGUAUUAUUCGGCUACAACCUGCAGUCUGGCUGUAAGCUGCGGCUGAACAGCGCUGUCCCAUGUCAGCUCACCAGGCAGACGGUGACGCGUCUGCUCAGAGGCCAGGGCUUCCCAGACUAUGUGGCUCCUUUCGGCAACUCCCGGGCCCAGGAUGUGCUGGACUGGGUGCCUGUCCACUUCCUCACACAGUCAUCUCCCGCCAAGCAUGUCCCUUCACAGGACGGGUGCCAGGUCCCAGUGGCUUUGGCGAUCGAAGUGAAGUGGACAAAAUACGGAUCCCUGGUGAACCCACAGGCUAAAAUCGUCAACGUGACUGCAAAGCUCAUCUCCUCCUCGCUUCCCCAGGCCCGCGCAGGAAGUCAAAGGACGAUCGUUCUGUCCUCUGCGGUGACGUUUGUGGACGUGUCUGCACCUGCAGAGGCGGGUUUCAGAGCCCGGCCAACCAUCAACGCCAGGCUGCCCUUCAACUUCUUCUUCCCAUUUGUUUGA